AGCUCACCCUGCAGUCCGCCACAGCCGAGUCUGUCCCUUCCUCGUCAUCCAACAUGUCGAUCUCUCCUUCCUCGUCUAUCUCCCCUCCACACGCUACUCAAGCUACGCUCCUCAAAGGCCAGGUCUCUCCGCAGGCAGCACUUUCGCCAAACGGAGCCUCGAAAGAGGCACGGAAAGGUAAGCGGCGAUGGUGCCCUGUCGAGGCCAUCGAAGGGUCCUGCAACGAGGCGGGAUGCGAGUAUCGGCAUGCUCUGUGAGUACAGACGGGCGCGCUCGCAUCAAGAAUUGGCCAUGCGAGACACCGAGGGAUGAGGUAGUCAGCGAACUGUCACAGAUGCGAGUGAUGGCGGUGUGUGGUCUGCGCCGAUGGCAUCACAUGCAAAAGAUAAAAGAUAGAAGAUCAAUUCGUCAUGUAACACUAGACAUUCUCAAUCAUCAGUGACUUCGACAAAAUCUCC